CACUCCACAACCACACUGACAAAUGUUCCUGGGAUUAUCAGAAGUUUCCAGCAUGUUCCCCCACCCACGGUGCCCCCACCACCUCUUUUUUUUUUUUUCCUCUGUGCAUCUGUGUUUUUAUAGACAGGUCACCGGUAGUCAACUCUUUUCCCCUCCCUCCUCUGAGCCUGGGCAGUCUUCUCAACCCCAUCUUGUUGUUUGCAGGCGUUCGGCGACUAGUCUUCCUCUGCAUGGCUCGUGGCUUAGUUAAGAUGGAUUUCCGCUUGUUUUGAUGCCCCUGAUUUGUAUUCUUGAGAGACAGUUAUUUGGUCCACAGGAGAAAAAUGGAAGCCAAGGAUGGAUGGACCCUUUUGUUUGAUUCUUCAAGCGAAACAUUGGGAGAUUUUCAGAGACCUGUAAGAAACACAAGGGUUAGAAAUCAGCCGAUCUGUGAGUUCUAAAAAGCGAACUGGCGUUUUGAGUAAUGAGCAAUGUGCGGACUUGUUGGUGGGGACCAUCCUGUUUGACCUUAAUUUAAACUGAGGAUUAGCUGGUGAGAGGCCAAGGCUUGUUUUGCCACAGGCAAGCUAGAAAGGGAGAAUUGGGAGGCAAACUGCUCCCUGGACGGAGCUUCAGUCUUUUUAUAUUGGCACACUGCUCCUGUUGAUUUAUAAAACGAAAUGACUUGGUCUGACUUCAAGAGCAGAAGCAAAGUGCAUUUAAAUACAUGUGCUCUAAUGGAUUUUUUUUUUCUCUUAAUCAACCUGGAUUCAACUGGAAGUGUUUCAUGAAACGCAUUGUUUUCUUGGGCAAUGGAAGUUCGUAAGCGAACGCAGAGGAGGGACCCUUGGUAUAAUCCCGGUCCCUGGAAUUUUGCAUCGGCCGGUGGAAGAGUCUGUGGUAACAGGUUGUGGGUCGGAGGAAGGUCUGAUGGCACGCAGGAGAGGAGGGCAGACACCAUGUCGCUUCUCAGAGAAAAUUGUUCCGGUUCACCCUGCCGGCCCUGGCGACGCUGUGUUUCCAUGGCAGCUGGAAUGUUAUUGGCUGGACUGCUGGCACUGAGUCAGGCCUGGUGUGUUAAUGCCAUACAUGAGAACUUGCUCUGGUUCUCUCAACUCACGGAGAUGGAACGGGAGAUCUCUUUCCGGACAGAGUGUGGACUUUACUACUCUUACUUCAAGCAAAUGCUGGAGGCCCCAUCUAUACACGAAGGCCUCUCGGAUUUGAUCCAUGACAACUUGACAGAAUCCAGGAGGACCAUCAAUCUCCUGAAGCGGAUGAAUAUCUACCAGGAGGUGUUCCUCAGUAUUCUCUACAGAUGGUUGCCAAUACAGUCUUAUCUGGAGCCCAUCUAUUUCUACAUAUAUACAGUGUUCUCUCUCCAAGCGGUGUACCUGAUUGGCUUGUACCUAACAGCCUGGCUCUUGUCUGGAUCGUGGCUGGCUGGAGUGCUGACUGGGCUCUGGUACAUCCUCAACAGGAUUGACACCACUCGGGUGGAGUUCACCAUUUCGCUUCGAGAGAACUGGUCUCUGCCUUUUCUGGCGUUGCAGGUGGCAACGAUCACAUGUUACCUCCGACCUCAGCUCACCGCCUUGCAGCAGAAGGUGAUGGUGUGGUUGAUGUACGUGACCACGUUCUGUUUCUGUCUGACGUGGCAGUUCAAUCAGUUCAUCCUGCUCAUCCAGGCCCUCAUUAUUUACACGCUGGACUGUGCCGACUUUUUAGCCACAACGCAGGUGACAACUCUCUACUUGGUUCAAGUGUGUGGUCUUCUAAGUGUGUGGCUCCUCCAGUUCUGUAACUCCAUGAUCCUGGGAUCUCUGGUGCUGAGCUUCAUUGUUUCAGCGAUGCUGGUCAGACACUGCCAGACUGGUUUGAAGGCUGGAGGCCUACUGGUUCGUCUGGGAAAGCUGUUCCUCCACAGCAUCAUGGUUCUCCUCCUCACUGUCACCUUCAACUACAUGGCUAAGAAAGCCCUUCAGCUCCAGUCUGACGAACACAUCUUCAAAUUCAUCAAGUCAAAGUUUGCUUUGGGCUCCACAAGAGAUUUUGAUGCCAGCUUGUAUCUGUGUGAGGAAGCCUUUGGCCUCCUGCCUCUUGACACGCUGGAGCGCUUGGCUGCAACACUGCUGCUGUACCCGUACGUCCCCACACUGCUGCUUCUUACUGGCGCCAUGGCUGUGGCUGCACUUAAAAACCUCAGCAGGACAAAAGGCGGUUCAGUGGAAGAGAGGAAGGCAAAUGCCGGGGAUGGACAGAUGCCAUCCUUUCGUCCCGACGUGGCAUAUAAUCUGUUGCACACAUUGUUCUUUGGGCUGCUCGCUUUCAGCACAAUGAGGAUGAAAUAUAUUUGGACGGGUCACAUGUGUGUGGUGGCUGCCUACGGCAUUUGCGGAACAGAAUUGUGGACUUUGCUUCUCAACAUGCUCCGCUGCAACACUAAAGUUAUGCUCAGACUUCUUCGUUUUGCGCUUCCACUGGCUGUGAUCGGCUUCCUGUAUUAUAAGUUCUGGCCCAAGAUCAUGGAGGAGAUAUCAGAAUUGAGGGAGUUUUACGAUCCAGACACAGUGGAGCUCAUGACCUGGAUUAGAACCAAGACCCCACAGCAGGCUGUAUUCGCAGGCAGUAUGCAGCUGCUGGCCGGCAUCAAGCUGUGCACAGGCAGAGUUCUGACCAACCAUCCCCAUUAUGAAGAUAAAGACCUGCGGGAGAGGACCAGACAGGUGUAUCAGAUAUACGGCCGUCGCUCCCCAGAGGAGGUGUACGACUUCCUGCGGGCUGCCGGAGCCGACUACGUGGUGCUGGAGAACAGCAUCUGUUUUGAGCGGAGACACAGAAGAGGCUGCAGGCUGCGGGACCUGCUGGACCUCGCCAACGGACAUAUCAUGGACGGACCAGGAGACAACGAUCCGGACCUGGUCCCUGCCUCUCACCCUCGCUUCUGUGAAGCCAUGAAGACGGACGAGCCGGCGUACAGCGGCCUGUUCACCAGAACGUUUCAGAACAAAACUUUCCACGUCUACCGCCUCAAAAAGAAGCACAAGAAAAGCAGCAAGAGCUCGUAAGAGGCUGCCGCGAAACCCCUUCAGACGAGUGAAGAGAUAAAAGUGUGAUGAAUCUUUGCUGUCCGGCGAGCGCAGCACAGAUCAGGGCCAUUAUUAUUUCAACACCAGUGUGAACCUUGGUGUAAGAGCAGCGGGCUGGUUCAGGCUCCAGGGCUGCUGUGUUUUUGUUUAGACUCACCUAUAGACUCCUGCGCUGCCUCACCUGCUGCUCGCACGCAGAACCAGCGAACACACCUCUGGGCAAAAUGCCAGAGCUUCCAAUUCCCCUCGCAAAAUAGAGAUAUGUCGGCACAUAAGAACACAUUCGCCUCUCGUUUCGGGUUUGAGAGUCUUCUGCUCUGUGAAGCAAAGGGUGAGAAGUAAAAGAAAAACAAGUUUAGAAUACAUUUAGUCAGAGAUUAAAGAACUACUGUAAAUCCUGGUCUGUAGAGGCCACCUCAAUAUGAGCCCCACCCACUAAGUUUAAGAAGGAAAACAGAUCUUGUUCCUACUUGAGCCGCAGUGGUCUGUAAGCCGCAGGUGUAGUGGUGCUGUCUGCACCGUAGAAAGGCUUAAAAAUGCAUGAGGAUCACUUCUAAACUAGUUUGGAAAACGGGCUCCAUCAUGGAGACUGACUCAUGAAACCAACUGGCCAAUGUUCUGAACUGGAAUCAUCAACUCCUCACAUCUUUUAUUGACAUUAAAGCGCUCAAAAUGUGUCCCAAGUUCCGACACGACAGCUGGUCUCAGCUGCUGCUUCUCGUCUCCGCUCCUCCAGGAGAUCGGCUCUGUGGCGGAGCUGCGGACACGCGGGCGAAAACAGCAUUUUGAGCGCUUUAAGGUCAAUAAAACACCUGUGAUGUCAUGGGUUUGAUGUGACCAGGCUCAAUAUUCUGGGCGCAUAACGCUCUGUAGCGUUUUAUGUCGCUGGAUAAGCUACAGGGUUCAAACCACGAGAGAAAAAAGUUGCGGGAAUUAUAGUGGUUAAUUUCUCCUUUUUUUUCAGGGCACAUUUUUUACAUUUUCUCUCAAGCUAAAUUUAUGUUUCAAACAGCGCUAGCGCUUCACCAACCUUUGAUAUAGAAAACCAUAUUUAGCAGGAAGCUAACCAGAUUUUUGACACUGGAUAUUCUCAUUGCUUCAGCGAUCACUUUGAUUUUUUUAAAUGUUAAUGUUUACUGGGAGUGAGCUAAAGAGAAAAGCAAAUCUGAGAAAGCAAAGUGUAUCUCCACUUUACUGUGAAUGUGUGAAACAACUUCCCUAAAACAGUGAAUGUAGUUACAUGUAAACAAGGAUGGCUUUGUUCAAACCAUUGGCUCAAUACUUCCAGAGUCCAGCUGGUGAGGUCAAAAUCCUCUUUCUGACACGGCGGCCGAGGCCCUGCUGCUCUGGAACACGCUGUCAUGUUAGCGCGGCUCUGAUUUCUCUUGUGUUGUUUCUGCCUUCUGCUGAUGAAAAACUUCCUCCACACACGCGCACAUGAAUAAUGUACGUUUGAAGGGAAAUUGCAGCGAGCUGACAACCGCGCCGAUUCCCCGCCGCAGUCCAAAAUAGUUUGUGAGCGGGAGAAGGCCAGCACUUGCAUAUCAAAAGGAGGUUUUGUGGUGCGAGGAGAAGGCUGCGAGGAUGAAGAUGCUCAUGUUUAAACAGGCGCAGAUAACAGGCGCAACACUCUCCUGACAUGAUCCGCCUUUGUUUUGUGUUGUUUUUUUUAACCAAAGGAAAUGCGAGGUGAGCGAGAGGUGUAAAGACGUUGUGCCCAGUGGGAGCCGUCCGCCUCCACUCUCACGGGCUCCUCCCUCCUCUUGUCACAAGCUAUAUUUGUGCGCUUGUUAAUAAGCAGCCGCAUGUCGGAUAAUCCACGCUGUGGCUGCUGAUGAAAGCCUGCUUGUUGUGGUGCGUUUUGAAAACGUGUCGUCUGUUUGUAAUGCAUAUCAGCAGCAUCGCGGCUCCUUCUCGCCUCCGCCUUCAUGCUGGAUGUUUAAUUUAGAAGAUGUUGCGUUGUGUUUUUUUUUUUUUUACCCCCCAA